GGAGGGGAAAGGAGGGAGUGGAGGAAUGCGCCAAGCGAGUGCGCACUGCAACCCAAAAGCGGAGCAAAAAGUUGACUUGGAGUUUAUUUUUUUCAAACUGUGAAGUCGUCGUCUUCGGAAGCAAGGAAGGAAAGCAAAGACCGGGCUCGGACGACUUUUCUCUCCGCUUUCAAAGGCUGCGACAUGACGAUGAGAUGAGUGGACUGCCGAGCGCCAUGACUCCACUGAAAAAGAAGAAGUCCGCUUUGUGGCAAGGACCGUGCGGACCCUACUGGUUCCUCUCGCUCCGGGUGGUCCUGUUGGGGGUCGCCUGGGUUCCGGCGAAGGUGGCCUGCUUGCGAGGUGUGGAGUUUGAGAAAAAUCCCGCCACCAUCAUCUCAUCUGUGGGCAAAGCUGUGAUGUUGGAAUGUGGCCUGCUGGCCACGGUCGACAGCGAGGAGAUUCCCCCCAAUGUGUACUGGCUGAAAGACGGCGCGCCGCUCCCCUACGCCGAAUACGACGACUACCAAAUCCCGGUCUCCGGCACCGACCGCUGGAUUGUGCACAGCAUCCUCAGGAUUAAUAGCGUCCAGCUUUCAGACAUGGGCACCUAUCAGUGUGCAGCCGACCUGAUAAGCAAGCAGAUUUUGUCCACGGAAGGAAGCAUCCUGCUGGAAGGGCUUCCUCAUUUUUCCACCGAGCCGCACCACAUGACCGUGGUGGCCAACACGCCCCUGAGCUUGCACUGCGUGGCCCAUGGCCCCCCAGAACCGGUCCAAGUCAUCUGGCUGCGGGACGGCGCCCCUCUCAACACUGUGGAUGACCCUGUGGCCUUGUCACCCUCCACACUGAACAUCACAGGUUUAAACCGGACCAGCAGUUUCUCCUGUGAAGCCCAGAACCGCAAGGGGGUGGCUGCCUCUGGAUCCGGCACAGUUACUGUACUCCCUGCUGCACCUCACCACCUGAAAGCCGCCAACGUCACGCCCGGCAGUCUCCUGUUGUCAUGGCAACCCGGGUUCGGUGGCGACUACCCGGUCAUCCGCUGCACAGUUCAGGUCAAACAUGGGGACAGAACCUCCUCCAGGGAUCUGGACAAGAUGAUCCUGGACCAGAAUGUGGACAUCCCUCUGCCCGAGUACCUGGUGGAGGACCUGGAGCCACACAGCCGCUACGCCGGCAGGGUGGCUUGUCACAGCAGCCAGGGCCCGUCGCAGUGGACGUCCUGGGUGGAGAUGUGUACGGCGGAAGGAGUACCUGAGAACCCGCCCGCCAACGUGACGGCAGUAAGGAACGACACCGGGGUGCGUCUGGUGUGGGAGGAGCCUCCGGGCAAGCUGAACGGAGACCUUCUCGGGUACUUGGUGGAGUUUAGCACGCCGUCAAUGAAGCAGCAUGUGGUAGAUGCCGGCCUGGACACGGAGCUGUCAGUCAACUUGACCCUCCCGCUCAGCAACGUGACCUUCAGGGCGUGCGCGUACACGGGAGCAGGGCAAGGACCCUGGAGCCCCACCCAGACUCUGACGCUCGUCUCUCCUGAGUUCCGAGGUGAAAAAGAAAGGCGAGGUCUGUCAUCUCCGCCGGCCUUUUCGUGGCACUGGUGGUACGUGGUGAUGGCCGUGACGGGCGCCGUGGCCAUUGGCGUGCUAAUGGCCGUCUACGUGGCCAAACUACGACGCAAGGAGACGCGAUUUGGUGAUGCUUUCGAGCCCAUGAUGCAGAGCGGGGAGCUGGUCGUCCGCUACCGAGCGCGGCGGUCAUACAGCCGCAGGACCACCGAGGCCACGCUGAACAGUUUGGGCAUCAGUGACGAGCUGAGGCAGAAACUUCAAGACGUGAUGGUAGACAGACACAAGUUGACGCUCGGGAAGACGCUGGGAGAAGGGGAGUUCGGCUCUGUGAUGGAGGGUCAACUCACGCAGGAGGACUCUGUUCUCAGAGUCGCCGUCAAGACCAUGAAGAUCGCCAUCUGCACACGUUCGGAGAUGGAGGACUUCCUACGAGAGGCCACCUGCAUGAAGGAGUUUGACCACGCCAACGUCAUGAGGCUGCUCGGCGUGUGCCUGCAGACGGUGGAGAGCGAAGGCUUCCCCUCGCCCGUGGUCAUCCUGCCCUACAUGAAACAUGGCGACCUGCACACUUACUUGCUCUACUCACGGCUCGGAGACUGUCCCGUGUACCUCCCGUCCCAGAUGUUGGUGCGCUUCAUGACGGACAUCGCCCGUGGAAUGGAAUACCUCAGCAAGAAGAACUUCAUCCACAGAGACCUCGCUGCACGCAACUGCAUGCUGAAUGAGAACAUGAAUGUCUGUGUGGCCGACUUUGGCCUUUCCAAGAAGAUCUACAACGGUGACUACUACCGGCAGGGGCGGAUCUCCAAGAUGCCCGUCAAAUGGAUCGCCAUCGAGAGCUUGGCGGACCGAGUCUACACCACCAAAAGCGACGUGUGGUCGUUCGGCGUCACCAUGUGGGAGAUCGCCACCAGGGGCCAAACGCCGUACCCCGGAGUGGAAAACAGCGAGAUCUAUGAUUAUCUGAGGCAGGGAAACCGUCUCAAGCAGCCUCCGGACUGCCUGGACAACAUCUACGCACUAAUGUUCUCCUGCUGGCUGCUGAGUCCCAAAGAUCGGCCGUCCUUCGAGUCGCUUCGCUGCGAGCUGGAAAAGGCCCUCAACGACCUGCCCGACACCGAGGACCCGGACGAGAUUCUUUACGUCAACAUGGAGGAUUCUUCUGUGGAAGUGGGAGCCGUCGGUGGCUGCGACCCCAACGGGAGGUCCUCCCCUCUGGGCCUAAAGGGCCUGGAGAUGACCACGGUGGAGGUGCACCCACCCAACCGCUACGUGCUGUGUCCCCAGCACGAGAGCAGCCGAGUCCUGACUGACUCCCUGGAGAGUCUGGACAUGCCCCUGUCGUCCUCGGCCGCCACACUCCCCCUGCGCUAUUUCCGACAUUCCACGCCCGACGUCACCCAGGCGCCCACGCCCGACAUCACGCGAGUGCCUACGCCCGCCACGGAGCUGCUGGAUGAGCGCGAGGUGACCCAUAAGGUUCCCUGGCAGUGAUGGGCACAAUUGGACCUCACGGAAUCUUAAAUGUUUUUUGUUUUUGUUUUGUGCCUUUGUGAGCACAGUUUGAACACACACCUGAAGGCAUUCCAUCUAUUCAUAUCAUGAAUCUUCGUUUUAUUUUCACAUUUUGAAAAGACAUCCCAAGAACUACAUCUUGUUGCCAUUGUAGUACAGCCUAAUUUGUGGUUUACAAUACUUUUUUUAAAAUUCAAAAUGUAACAUUUAGCAUUUUGCACAAUCCCGCACCCCCCCCCCCCGCCCCCCACACACCUGAAGGCCUUCUAUGAUACACCAAUGAAAAAGAUGUAUCGCCAAAAAUGUUGAUUUCUAUUUUUAUACAAAACACAGCAAAACUCUCAAAAUGUAUAAAAGAUAAGCCAAGAUGUAGUGGUUGUCCAUCUUAAAGGAUCCUUGUUCCUAAUUGUUUUUAUCCACAAUGGAACAAAAACAAGUAAAACAAAAACUCCAGAGCACCAAAAAUAAUGCAAUGAUGUUUUAGUAUUGUCAUACGGGAGUAUUUGUUUUCAUCUAAAACCCAACCAAACUGUUUUUUUCCACUCUGCACGUGUGAGCAAAAGCAUUCCAGGUUUGUCACUGUGGAAUGAAAAGCAUGUACUACCCCAAGUUAUGCAAAAAAAAAAAAAAAAUCUAAAAAUUGGAGAUGACAUCCCCCCCGCUUAUGAAGAACAUCUAGCUCACAAACAGUGGCGGUACUGCACGUGCUUUUCAUUGGACAAAAUGAAGCAAAACUCCUUUUUCCUCCUUCAUUUCACUAAAAGUGGCAUUUGAAAAUUUCUCCAUCUGAAUGUGAAGAGCCCCGUCAUCAUGGCAACUCCUCCAGGUGGUCACUAAGGACGUUUGCUUUUUGUCUCCGCCCCCAUAAAAUCUAAAAAGUGGGAAUUUAACAGGACCAGGACCCUGGGUCAGCCUGCCCCCUUUCAACAGGUGCCAAACACUCCGAGGUCCCAAUAUUCCAAGGCGGACGUUUAAAAAAAAAAAAAAAAAAAAAAAGCACAUUGACUUCCUUUUGUACGCUGAUGAUUUUCUACUUUUCCAACUUUGCACUAAUGUCUUUUUUUUAUAUCAAUGUGUAUGUUUGUCUAUAGUGUGUAUAUUUUUGUUUAGUUUUACUUUGUGAAAUCCAUGUGAUGGACGAGACAUUUCUGUUUUUUCUGUUACGAGCAGGCGAAAACCCUUCAGCAGCUGCCAUCUUGAACGCACUUAUCUGACAUUAUAUAUUGUACGCUGUACUGUACACAGUACAUUGUCUUGCCCGUAAAGUACUUCCUUAGUUUGUCGUUGGAUUGAUCAGAAUUCCAUCCACUAAAUCCUUGAUGUCCAUCUCAAGGUCCAUGUACUAGUCCACUCUUUGUCCUCACUAGUAAGAUGAUGCCGCAGAUUAGUGGAACGACUGUCUGACGAGUAAUAUUUUUCCCCACCACUAGCAGCACUUUUGGCCAACGAAUCAGCAACCAGGCAAGAGCAUUUCACGGAAACGAUCGUUCCGUUACCGUGUCGUUACCCACCCUGAGAAAACACGGAACCGAAAGUCUGUUUCCCAGAUCUCUGGGCUUACUUUUAAUAAAAUUCGCCCAUGUGUGGAAUGUAAAACAAGUUCUCAACAAAAUACAACAAUCUGUAUAAAACGAACCUACAUGAACCCCUUUAUUUCUAAUGAUUAAAACGCCCAGCUUUGUCAGUGUGGUUUAUAAACAGCACCGGUUUCCGCUUCUACACUACGCAUGCGCAAGGUCGAGUUAUUCAUAUCCGGGUCACUCAAACGCUAGUCAAACAUGUCGGUUGCUAAGCGUAAAAGACAAAAUGCUCAUGCCUGCUAAGCCUUUAUUUUGAAGUACAUGUAAAAACCGGUUCCCAUGAGCAUUAUCAAUGGGAACCGAAAAAUCGUUUCCCAGGACAAAAAUCAACGGAACCAAAAGAUCGGUUACCAUAUUUGCCGAAAUCCUCAUGCCUGUGCAACUAAACUUAAUAAUUGUGUCGUAACCGACAAAACUAAUAGCGCCAAAACACCCAUUAGUACAAUACUUGUCCUACAAGAGUACAUAUGUCAUACAUAGAGUAAGUGGAAGGUAGUAAUGAAAAAUAUGACCAGUCGGAUACAAAUAUUCUAGUAGUGUAGUGAUUCAUGCAAACAAAAACAACAACAAAAAUCAUAAAGCUGUUUGAACAUUUAUUGGAUAGCCGUUCUAACUUGUAUGUAUGAGUAAGCUCUUGGUCGUCAUUGGUAGGACAACUUUGGCAUACUAAUAGGACAACUACACGUGAAUAGUGAGGCAAAACUGCACUAGUUGACAACUGCAUGCUACGAGGAGUCCUAGUGACUAGAAAAGUUUCAACCGCUUCAACUUGGAAAAGCUCAUAAGCGUCAAAUGAGUGCACAGU